CUUUGUGGACAGUGCUGCUCUCUCGCGUCCAAGUUGGCGCAUGAAGACCCUUCCUAGUGAAUCGCAGGUCAAUCGAACAGGAAGGAAAAAAUAAUGGCUCUUCAAAGGGUCUUGGUUUCGUUAGCCCGUCGAUCAUUUUCGACAGCUUCCACGACAUCACCUAUGAGUCGUCUGUUCGCAAACACGGACUAUACUCCUAACCCCCUGGAACAUGCCAGUGGCAUAGAAAAGAAGCAACUGAUUGCUGAACUGGCAGGAAAUGAUGAUCCAUUCGAUGUGUCUGUUGUGAAGCGUGGCGCUUGCACCAAGGACCAACCACAAGUUGUCUUGUCAUGUAACCAUGAGCGUCUUGUAGGCUGUAUAUGCGAAGAGGAUUCUGAAUCUGUCGUCUGGAUGUGGCUUAGGCAGAAUGAAUCUAAACGAUGCGCUUGUGGUUACUGGUUUAAACUGCAGAAAAAGGAACCACUGUAAACCGUGUAUAAUAUGAAUUUUUCCUCAAGCGUGUGUAGUUCAAAGUUAUUUGAGCACCACCAUUAGUGAAUUAUAGCAAUGUCUUAAGUCAUUGCCAAUUGCUUUGUACAGAAUGAAACCUGCAAUAAAAUACUUUUAAUUGGGAUUCAGAUCAUUUUUAACCAUACUUCUAACUUGUUUCUUUAUGACUAAAUUAUUAGAAAUUUCAAAGCAAAAUGCCGUGUUGAAGGGAUUACUUAAGAAACGUGUGAUCAUUUAAAAUGUAUAGAACUGUACACACCUUGUAUUGUUUUUUUGUUUUGGAAUCCUCAACGGAAUUCCACUUGGGAGAAAAUAAAAUCUAGUUCUUA